AUGGAUCUGAGCUCUACUUGUGAACAGGCGAUGAGUCCUGUAGGCUUAGACGCCGUGGUGGCAGAUCUGUCCGUGACCUCAAAUGCCACCCAAUCGCAUGAAAUAUCAAUGGCAACCAGAACGCUGAUACUGCUCGUCUGUCUGCUGUUGGUUGCCUGGAGUCACACGGACAAGAAAACUGCGCCAGGUCCUUCUUUCUGUUUGGGUUUGGGCCCACUUCUGUCAUAUCUGAGAUUUAUCUGGACUGGCAUAGGCACAGCCAGCAACUACUACAAUAACAAGUAUGGAGACAUUGUUAGAGUCUGGAUCAACGGAGAAGAGACGCUCAUACUAAGCAGAGCUUCAGCAGUGCACCAUGUGCUGAAGAACGGAAACUAUAAUUCACGUUUUGGGAGCAUGCAGGGACUCAGCUGCAUCGGCAUGAACGAGAGAGGCAUCAUAUUCAACAACAACGUAACUCUGUGGAAAAAGAUACGCACCUAUUUUGCUAAAGCUCUGACAGGCCCAAAUUUGGAGCAGACGAUGGAUGUUUGCGUCUCCUCCACAAAGGCUCACCUGGACCACCUGGACAGCCUGGGACACGUUGAUGUCCUCAGUUUGCUGCGCUGCACUGUGGUGGACAUCUCUAACAGACUCUUCCUGGACGUACCUCUCAAUGAGAAAGAGCUGCUGCUGAAGAUUCAAAAGUAUUUUCACACAUGGCAGAAUGUGCUUAUCAAACCUGACAUCUACUUCAAGUUCGGCUGGAUUCACCACAGGCACAAGACAGCAGCCCAGGAGUUACAAGAUGCCAUUAAACGUCUUGUAGAUCAAAAGAGGAAAAAUAUGGAGCAGGCAGAUAAGCUGGACAACAUCAACUUCACGGCAGAGCUCAUAUUUGCACAAAACCACGGCGAGCUGUCUGCUGACGAUGUGACACAGUGCGUGCUGGAGAUGGUGAUCGCAGCUCCGGACACUCUGUCCCUCAGUCUCUUCUUCAUGCUUCUGCUCCUCAAACAAAACCCGCACGUGGAGCUGCAGCUGCUACAGGAGAUAGACGCUGUUGUGGGUGAGAGACAGCUUCAGAACCAGGAUCUUCACAAGCUGCAGGUGCUGGAGAGCUUCAUCAAUGAAUGCUUGCGCUUCCACUCAGUGGUGGAAUUCACCAUGCGUCGAGCCCUGUCUGAUGACAUCAUAGAAGGCUACAGGAUACCGAAGGGCACAAACAUCAUUCUGAACACAGGCCGAAUGCACCGCACCGAGUUUUUCCUCAAAGGCAAUCAAUUUAAUCUGGAACACUUUGAAAAAAAUGUUCCUCGGCGCUACUUUCAGCCGUUCGGUUCAGGCCCUCGCGCGUGCGUUGGCAAGCACAUCGCCAUGGUGAUGAUGAAAUCCAUUUUGGUGACACUGCUGUCUCAGUACUCUGUUUGUACUCACGAGGGCCCGACCCUGGACCGCCUCCAACAAACCAACAACCUUUCCAAGCAGCCUGUAGAGGCUGAAUAUCUCCACAUGAGGUUCUUACCCAGGCAGAGAAGCAGCUGUCAAACCCUCCGAGGCCCGACCCUUUAG